GAUGGGUACGAUGGGGGGGGUGGCCAUAGUGAUGACCAAAUUCUUUCAAGGGCGGGUGCUCGACUACUUCCUGGACACACAAGGACGAUGGGCAUGGGUUUGGGUGGAGGUGGAGGGGGAAAGAUUGUUGGUGUCCAUGGUGUAUGCCCCGCAGGAGACGACGCAGAAAAAAUGGUUUUGGAGGGAUCUCCCAACAAAUGUCCCGGACACGUUGAAUACAAUGAUGAUGGGGGACUUCAACACCGUGGUACAGCCGGGACUGGACUCCCCUCAGGCGGGGCCGCCGAGGUCGGAUGCGGAAGCACUGCGGUUGAUGAUGGCCAAGAUGGCGAUGGAGGAUGCAUUUCGGGAAACUUGGCCGGAGGAAAAAGGGUUCACAUGGAUAGGCCCGGGACCGGGACGAAGAAGCAGGCUGGACAUGGCAUGGGUGCAGGGGGACCUGUUGCACAAAUUGCUCCGGGUGGUAGCAUUGCCAGUGGCCGUAUCAGACCACAAGUUGCUGCUCACGGAGUUUCUGCUGCCGACACUUGUGGAGACACGGGCACAGCCGCCAAUGGUACCCCAUUGGAUGUUCCGAGAUCAGCUACACAUGCGCCUAGCAAAACAACAUUGGGAGUAUUGGGCAGGGCUGCGCACAGAUGGAGUAUCGGCGACACAGCACUUUCAACAAGGGCUGUUGGAAUUUAGGCGAGUGAUGCUGGCGCGGGCAAAGGCCACAAGACAGGCACAUUUGCGGACAGGGGAAGAGUAUAUUAGCAAGAUGGAAGAACUGGGGACAGAACCAGGGGAGGGAGAGGAGGAGGAUUGGUGGGUGCAGUGGAUGACGGUCAAAGAGCAGUGGGCAGAGUGGGAACGACAGGACGCGGAGAGAUGGGGCCUGUUAACUAAGGCCAGGUGGGCAAGACUCAAGGAGAGAAUGACGGCGGCAUUCUUCGGACAAGGGAGAAGCAAGAGAGGGGUGGACUUAAUCAAGGUGUUGCGGCAACCCUUUCGGGAGGAUGAGCCUGAGGCGGAAUCCACACCGGAGCUGCUCCGCUAUGUGCAGGAAUUCUACAUGGAUUUGUAUACGGAGACUGAGCAAGAGGGGGAGAGAGAACAAAGGGAGACAACUUGUGAACGGAUUUGGGAUCAAUGUCGGACAACCCUCACUCAGAGCCAGCGCCUGCGACUAGAAGAAGAGAUACUGAUCCCCGAGAUCGAGAGAGCCUUGACAGAUCGACCAAGAAACAAAGCGGCGGGGCCGGAUGGCAUGCCAAUGGACCACCUGCAGGUGGUUGGACAACUGAUUGGCCCCCUCCUGCAGGAAAUCUGUAACAGCUUCUUCCGCGAUCGCCAGGGCUUUCCGCUGGGUUUUGGAGAGGCGGAUAUAAUACUGUUACAUAAGAAAGGCGAUUCGACGGAGAUUAGAAAUUGGAGACCGGUCUCUUUGCUCUCUGCUCCGUACAAGCUGUAUGCCAAGGUGUUGGCCAAUCGGCUAACCGAGGUGCUCCCGGACUUGGUACACCCCACCCAGACUGGCUUUGUUCUGGCCAGACAGAUCUUGACUAACGCCGUCAUGGUGAGGGAGGUGCUGCGCCGGGCCGAGGAGAGUGAUCCACCGUUGGCGGUCCUGCUACUAGAUUUCGAGAAAGCAUACGACAGAGUACGCUGGGGAUUUCUCCUGCGAGGAAUGGAGAAGAGGGGGAUAGGGCCACGAUUCAGACUGGCGGUCAAGGACCUGCUGGGUUCGGCGACAGCAACGGUACAAAUUAAUGGAUUCCGUUCACAACUGAUGAGGGUCACGAGAUCUGUUCGGCAAGGAUGCCCUCUCUCCCCAGCGCUUUACAUCUUGUACGUAGAACACUUGCACGACAUGUUGCGGGGCGACGUGAGGAUCCGAGGACUUCGCCUCCCUGAUUGCAGGGAGCUAAAGUCAAAUAGUUUCGCGGAUGAUACGGCUGCCUUUGUCGAAUGCUCCGAAAGGUCAGUGCGGGCUGUUAGGGAACAGGUCCACAACUUCGAAACACAUGCAGGGGCCAAGGUGAACUGGCCGAAGUCGGUGGUGAUGCUGCACGAGGGAAGAGGGGCGGAAUAUUUUGAGGAUAUGCGAAUGGUACAGGGACAGGAGAACACUACGUACCUGGGGGUCCUGCUGCCGGCGGCGCUGACCAGUGGGGAACAAAUGGAGAACCUGCUCAUUGAGGCGCUCACAAGGAUGAAUCGUUGGGCCGGGAUAUCAGACGUGGGAUUAUUGGGCCGGGUGCUGGUAGCGAACAAUGCGGUCUCGUCCACGCUCUGGUAUGUUGCACCGGGGGAUCGAGGUGCGUUUGGGAGACAAUGGCUCAAUUGUGGGGUGCACAGGGUGGCGGAUCUGUGGGAUGUGGAAAGGGGGGAAUGGAGAGGCGACGCAGAGAUGGAAAGAGUGCUCAGACACCAACCGGACAGAAAGACAAGACUGACGCGACUGAGGCAGGCGGUCCCGGAGGAUUGGAGACUCAUAUUGCGACGCAAUAGAAGAGUCAAAGGGGAAUGGAUCGCCUUGACCACAGAAGAUCCGCCAUCAACGCUGUUCAGAGUAAUGGCACAAGAACAGGAGGAAUGGUUCUGGGCAGAGGGAUGGGAGGUGCUGCAGACGGGGACAGCGUUGGGGCGAACGAUGAUAAGGUGUGUGCAGAGGGAUGGCAGGAUCCACAGAAACAACAUGAGAUUUGUGGCGGUGGUCAGGGACAAAAAGCAGAGGAAAGGGGAUAGCUUCAGACCAUUCAAGAUAAGCCAACACCCGCUCCAGAUUCCCUGGGACCCAUCGAUGUGGGAAUGGAGGGCGACAAACUCCCAACGUUGUCCGAUGCCGGCACACCAAAUUACGACUAAGGUGAUCUACAGAUCACUGAAUGUACCCACGGACAUGGCUGACGAGAUGAGGGAGCGAUGGAAGAAAAAGGGGUGGCUUGAGCAACCCCUGGUGGGGAAGUGGACGCAGCAGAGCUGGGAGAAAGCGUGUGCGCUGCUCACUAUGCUGCCGGACCAGAAACAAGCGGGGGGCCUGUGGCUGUCUUUGCAAAUGGCAGUGCCCACGUACCAGUGGAUGGCCGAGUACAGCUCGGCCACGGAUAAGGAUUGCAAAGCCUGGUUUCGGUCACGGCAGACAUGCAGAGGAACCAAAAUGGGAACUGGAGAUUCCUCAAGGAGGCGUGGGAUAAGUACACGGAUGUGUUGUGGAUGGGGGGGGGGAUGGGACAAUGGGGAUGGGCUGAGAGAUUUGGUGACGGGGGGAGAGGGGCGGGAGGUGUACAGGGGAUUUACAGACAAGGGCAGAGAACGGGGCGGGGGRGGGGAGAAGGAGCGCUGGGGAAGAAAGGAGUCGGACACAGGAGAAGAGGGGGGAAGACAUGACCCGGGAUCAGGGGGCCUGCCGGGAAAGGAAUGUUACAGGAACGGCGACAUCCGAAACUGCAUCUGCGAGUUCGACGAAGGAAGAAGACGUCGACAGUGGUUGACAAGGCGCAGGGUUGCAGCGGAACUCAGGACAAUGUAGGACAUAGGAUGGGUAAGGGAGCGAGAUAGGGAGAAAACAAAACACAGGGGUAGAG